AUGGCGAGUGACGCAGUUGACGAACUCUUUGAAAUAAAAACUGCUUUGUAUAUUGGUAAUUACCAACAAUGUAUCAACGAAGCACACAAGCUGAAGUUGACAAAUCCUGAAUUAAAGACUCAGAGAGAUGUUAUUAUGUACCGCGCCUACAUUGCUCAGAGGAAAUAUGGAGUUGUGUUGGAUGAAAUCAACUCCACUCAUCCACCUGAGCUUCAAGCUGUUAGAAUGUUGGCAGAUUUUUUAGCAAAUGAAAAUAAAAGAGAUACACUGGUCCAUGAAUUAGAUGCCAAAAUGAGUGGCAAUAUUGAUGUCAGUAACAGUACAUUCCUGCUUAUGGCAGCAUCCAUAUAUUUCAACUAUGAUAAUUAUGAUGCUGCUUUGCGAGUUUUGCAUCAGUCAGACUCUUUGGAAUGUCUUGCUCUAACCAUUCAGCUGCUGUUACGAUUGGACCGUGUUGAUCUUGCCAAGAAAGAGUUGAAGAAGAUGCAAGAUACUGAUGAAGAUAGCAUUCUAACUCAAUUGAGUUUAGCUUGGUUUGACCUGGCUGUAGGGGGUGAAAAGUAUCAGGAUGCCUAUUACAUUUUCCAAGAACAAGCUGACAAGCAUGCUGCUACACCUUUGUUACUUAAUGGUCAGGCAGCCUGUUACAUAGCACAAGGGCAUUUUGAUGAUGCAGAGUCGGUGCUUCAGGAAGCUAUGGAUAAGGAUAGCAAUAAUCCUGAGACAUUGGUGAAUAUGAUUGUCUUGACACAGCACCUGGGCAAGCCACCAGAGGUCAAAUCACCCAUUUGUUCUGGAUUACUUGCACAAGGAAAAUGA